GCUGCUCCACGUUUUGCUUGGUAGCUGAUGGCCGCACGUUUGGCCAGGUAAUCACCUGUUAAGCCUCUUUGACGGCGGGAGGUCAAGAGGAGGAAGCUCAGGGACAAACCGGCCACUGUGCAGCCAUUCACAACACAAGCGGAGCCCCAGAAGAAGGACGCGACGGGCUGUGCCGCUCGACCUCUCGUUGUUGCUGCACCCUUUAGGAUAUAGAAAUAAGGAUGUCCAAGGAAGCAGAGAGGACCGCCUCUACAACUUCGGCUGAAUCGGUUUCAGAAUGCAAAGAUGGUGUCUCCCCGUCAGGUUCGGUCUCGGAAGCGCCCAAGAAAUCGUCCAAGAAGUCCAAGAAAACCACCGAGAGCAUGACCAAGGUCUACAACUCAGUCCUCAACAGUGUAUUUGGAGCGGAGAGAGAACUGGCUCAGGCUGAGCUGGAUGAGUUGCAGGAGGCCUUCAAGGAGUUCGACUACGACCAAGAUGGCUACCUCAACUACAAGGACGUGGCUGAAUGCAUGAGGACCAUGGGGUACAUGCCCACUGAAAUGGAGCUGCUGGAGAUAGUGCAGCAGAUCAAGAUGAGAAUGGGCGGUUUAAUGGACUUUGAGGACUUCACUGAACUAAUGGGACCCAGGAUGAUGGGAGAAACCGCCGACAUGCUGGGCCUCAAGGAGCUCCAGUCGGCCUUUGUACAGUUUGACCUCGACGGGGACGGAAAGAUCAACCAGGAGGAGAUGAAGGAGGCGAUCAAGAGCAUGCUGGGGGAGAAGCUGAAGAAGGGCGAACUGGAGGAGAUCUUAAAGGAGCUGGAUAUUAACGCAGACGGAAACAUCGACUUCGAGGAGUUUGUGAUGAUGCUCUCCAUCCGCUGACCCUCGGGACACCGACAACGCGCGCCUCCGCUUCCGCUGCUUCUGGAUUCAGAAAUAGAAAAUACAGCUUUCGACCGAAUAUUCACAGUUGUGAUGUAGACACAGACCUCUGCAGUGUAAUGUGUGCCUCACCAACGAUACCGAUGAUUAAUGGCAUGACUUUCAUUUAGUGUGAAAAGAGUGUUAGUCUGCUGUGACGUGUCAUGUAAAUAAGACUGAAAUGUUUCACUAUUUUUAAUAAAGAAAUCAAAGUCGGCUGUGCCUGAAA